UUGUCUGCAGUCAGCUGUCACCUAAACACCAAACAUAUGUGUUGAUUUUGUUAUUAUUGAAGUUGUGUUAACAUUAUUAUCAUGGCCAAUAUUAUUGAUAGAAAUAAUAAUGAUUUGUUACUUAUUUAUUUGCUCUAAAAUCGAAUGGUGCUUUUGAUAUGGCAGGAGUACGUAUUCUUUACAAUAUUCUAAUUGAACGAAUUGACUGUUCUGAAAUUAUUUGAUCUGUCAGAUUUACUAAUGUCUCGUGUUUCAUCUAAAGUUGAUUUUCAUUGUGACAAGAAGAGUGAAAUUGAUUGCUUUGGAAACGAUAAUGAAAGCAAUGGAGUUGAAUCAAAGAGAACAGCAAAUUCUUCUUGGAGGCAUGAUAUUCCUACAGGAGGGGAACCUUAUUUCGAGGAUGAUGAAUUGGUCCAGAACCAUUUUAUGCAGAAGCAGACAUCAACAAAUUCUAGUGUUGAUGGGGCUGAUAUUCCACUUCUCAACGAUGUAGACGGAUUCAACCAUCAGAUGUUGGAAGACACAACAAUUGAUCAUUGCCAUAUACCUCUAACGACGCAGUGCAAAGUUGCUUAUUGGAAGCUUAUGUCGGUGGCAGCAACAUGUCUUCUAUUUAUGACUAUUGAAAUUAUCGGUGGUCACCUAGCUGGUAGUAUAGCAAUUAUGGGGGAUGCUGCACAUUUAUUUUCUGACUUCAUUAGUUUUGUUAUAAGCCUAUUCGCAAUUUGGAUAGGUCAGCAAAAUCCAACUAAACAUCUCACUUUUGGAUUCCAGCGUGUAGAGGUUAUUGCUGUAUUGUUCAGUGUUGCUGUGAUAUGGAUUCUGUCUGCUUAUUUCAUGUAUGUUUCUGUGAUAAGAAUAAUGCAUAAGGACUUCGUCAUAGACUCCAAUAAAAUGCUGUUUGUGUCACUGUUUGGGAUUGUUAGUAAUCUAGUAAUGGGAGUUCUGCUACAUAGCUAUGGUGAAGAUCUGAGACAUUGCCAUAGUCAUAAUUCUCCCGAUAAUAUGCACAACAAUUUAAAAGCCCAAAAUAUCAACAUUCGAGCUGCAAUAAUCCAUGUGAUAGGAGACUUGGUACAAAGCGUUGGAGUUCUCGUCUCCGCGUGUAUCAUACAUUAUUACCCAAACGCCAAAAUAGCUGAUCCGAUCUGCACUUUAAUAUUUUCAAUGCUAGUCAUCUGUACAACAAUGAGCGUCAUCAUAGAUAGCUUAUGGAUUUUACUAGAAGGUCUACCUCCUCACUUGGAUUAUGCAUCCGUGAGACAAUCUCUCGCUUAUCUAGAGGGUGUUCAAACUGUCCAUUCUCUUCAUAUUUGGACCCUAACGUCGAGCCAGUAUGUAGCUACUGCACAUUUAACAGUGGAUAACGUGGAUAGAGACGUGCUUUUGGAGCGGGCGAGAAGCAUGCUGCGACUGAAAUUUGGCAUUGAACGGAUCACUAUUCAAGUGGAACAGCAUCGACCACAAGCUUACAUUGGAUGUGAUCAAUGCAAAUAUCCUCUUCUCUAAUCAAUCUCAAACUCAAUGUGCCGGUUGCACAAAAGUUGGUUAAAUUUUAAUCGUGAUUAAUUCCACGAGAAUCAAUCAGAAAAGCCGUCUUAUCAAAUAUACCUUAUGUGAUUGGUUAUCGUGAAAUUAAUCACAGUUAAAAUUUAAACGACUUUUUUGCAACCGGGCCAAUGUGUGGUGCUCAUGUAACAGGUCAUGAACUGCUUCAAAUUGAACAUUUUUUCUGAGGACAUUCCAAGCUCAUUUUUUAUCGGCUAUCAAGAAGACACUUUGAUGCAAAGGACGUUUCAAGUAGAGAUUCUAGCUGAUGAUUCAAAUGCUGUGAUAAGCUAGGCCCAAAAACUAUAGAGUUACGAAUGCUUAUAAAUAUACAAAUUUAUGAUUUAUUAUAUGAUGAAUUAAUAAUUUUAUUCUUGUCUUCCAGUGGAUGUGUUGAUCUACUCUGUGUCGAUUGAAAGAUGAUUUUUCCAAUCAUA